UCAACCCUAAGCAUUUCUUUUCCAAGAACCCUAAAGGAAAUCCUAAGGCUUCAGCCGCCAUCCUUUGUCCUUCUGCUCCUUUCUUCUCAGGAGCCCAACUGGAGUAGUACGCUUGGUCGUCUUCGGGUGGGAGACUACACUUCCCAGGAGAAACAGCGAACUAUUUCCCAGAGUUCCCGGGAUUCGGCCCUACUAGGCGGUCUUCGCGCGAGGGUAGAAGACGGGGGCCAAGAUGGCGACAGGGACAGGCAAACACAAGCUGUUGAGUAGUGGCCCCACAGAACCAUGGUCCAUUCGAGAGAAGCUGUGCUUAGCGUCUUCCGUCAUGAGGAGUGGAGAUCAAAAUUGGGUAUCAGUUAGUAGAGCAAUCAAGCCAUUUGCAGAACCCGGCCGUCCUCCAGACUGGUUCUCUCAAAAACACUGUGCUUCUCAGUACUCCGAGCUUCUAGAAACCACUGAGACCCCAAAACGGAAACGAGGUGAAAAGGGAGAAGUGGUAGAAACUGUUGAAGAUGUCAUUGUUCGGAAACUGACCGCUGAACGAGUUGAAGAACUAAAGAAAGUGAUAAAGGAAACCCAGGAAAAAUAUAGACGACUGAAAAGAGAUGCAGAACUAAUUCAAGCUGGGCACAUGGACAGCAGGCUGGAUGAACUUUGCAAUGACAUUGCAAUGAAAAAGAAAUUGGAGGAAGAGGAGGCUGAAGUAAAGAGGAAGGCUACAGAUGCUGCAUAUCAAGCUCGUCAAGCAGUAAAAACACCCCCUCGGAGGUUGCCUACUGUGAUGGUUCGAUCUCCUAUAGAUUCUGCCUCCCCUGGAAGCGAUUAUCCACUUGGGGACUUGACUGCAACCACUAUGGAAGAGGCCACCUCUGGGGUCAAUGAGAGUGAAAUGGCUGUGGCUUCUGGCCACCUGAACAGUACAGGUGUCCUCCUGGAGGUAGGCGGGGUCCUUCCCAUGAUACAUGGUGGGGAGAUGCAGCAAACACCCAACACUGUUGCAGCCUCCCCUGCUGCCUCAGGUGCUCCCACUCUUUCCCGGCUUUUAGAAGCUGGUCCUACACAGUUCACCACACCUCUUGCUUCCUUCACUACUGUUGCCAGUGAGCCUCCAGUUAAACUUGUGCCACCCCCUGUAGAGUCUGUGUCCCAGGCUACCAUUGUCAUGAUGCCUGCGCUACCAGCACCAUCCUCUGCUCCGGCUGUCUCCACUCCUGAGAGUGUAGCUCCAGUGAGUCAGCCUGACACCUGUGUUCCCAUGGAGGCUGUGGGGGAUCCACAUACUGUGACUGUUUCCAUGGAUAGCAGUGAAAUCUCCAUGAUCAUCAAUUCUAUCAAAGAAGAGUGUUUCCGAUCAGGGGUAGCAGAGGCUUCUGGAGGUUCAAAGGCUCCCAGCAUAGAUGGGAAAGAAGAUUUAGAUCUGGCUGAGAAGAUGGAUAUUGCUGUGUCUUACACAGGUGAAGAGCUGGACUUUGAGACUGUUGGAGACAUCAUUGCCAUCAUUGAGGACAAGGUAGAUGAUCAUCCUGAAGUGCUGGAUGUGGCAGCAGUGGAAGCAGCAUUGUCGUUCUGUGAAGAGAAUGAUGAUCCUCAGUCUCUGCCUGGCCCAUGGGAGCACCCUAUGCAGCAGGAACGGGACAAGCCAGUACCUCUCUCUGCACCAGAGUUGACAGUCAAGCAAGAGAGGUUGGACUUUGAGGAAUCCGAAAACAAAGGAAUCCAUGAACUGGUAGACAUCAGGGAAUCCAGUGUUGAGAUCAAAAUGGAACCUGCAGAACCAGAACAAGGCAUUUCAGGGGCUGAAAUAGUCACUGGAGUUGUUCCACCCACAUGUAUGGAGCCACCAGAACUCAGGAGUCAGGACUUAGAUGAGGAACCCAGAAGUACUGCAACUGGAGAGAUUGCUGAAGUAGAUGUUGCCAUUGGGAAAGGCGAUGAGACUUCACUUACAACUGUAAAGGCAGAGGCAUCUCCCGAAAGCAUGCUAUCUCCAUCACAUGGCUCAAAUCCCAUUGAAGAUUCUUUAGAGGCAGAGACUCAGCACAAAUUUGAAAUGUCAGACUCAUUGAAAGAAGAAUCAGGGACUAUUUUUGGAAGCCAGAUAAAGGAUGCCCCAGGUGAGGAUGAGGAGGAAGAUGGAGUCAGUGAAGCAGCCAGCCUUGAGGAGCCUAAGGAAGAAGAUCAAGGAGAAGGCUAUUUGUCAGAAAUGGAUAAUGAACCCCCUGUGAGCGAGAGUGAUGAUGGCUUUAGUAUACACAAUGCUACGCUGCAGUCGCACACAUUGGCAGACUCCAUUCCCAGCAGUCCUGCUUCUUCACAGUUCUCUGUCUGUAGUGAGGAUCAGGAAGCUAUUCAGGCACAGAAAAUCUGGAAGAAAGCCAUCAUGCUUGUAUGGAGAGCUGCAGCUAAUCAUAGGUAUGCCAAUGUCUUUCUGCAGCCUGUUACAGAUGACAUAGCACCUGGCUACCACAGCAUUGUGCAGAGGCCAAUGGAUUUGUCAACUAUUAAGAAAAACAUUGAAAAUGGACUGAUCCGCAGCACAGCUGAAUUUCAGCGUGACAUUAUGUUGAUGUUCCAGAAUGCUGUAAUGUAUAAUAGCUCGGAUCAUGAUGUCUAUCACAUGGCAGUAGAGAUGCAGCGAGAUGUCCUGGAGCAGAUCCAGCAAUUCCUGGCCACACAGUUGAUUAUGCAAACAUCUGAGUCUGGGAUCAGUGCUAAAAGUCUUCGAGGGAGAGAUUCUACCCGCAAACAGGAUGCCUCAGAGAAGGACAGUGUCCCCAUGGGCUCUCCUGCCUUCCUUCUCUCUCUCUUUAUGGGGCGUGAGUGGGUUUGGUUGGAUUCUGAACAAGACUAUCCCAAUGACUCUGAGUUGAGCAACAACUGCAGGUCCCUCUUCAGCUCAUGGGACUCCAGUCUGGAUCUUGAUGUGGGCAGCUGGAGGGAAACUGAGGAGCCAGGGACUGAGGAACUAGAGGAAAGCAGCCCAGGGACAGAAUCUAGUGAGCUGCUUAUGGGGGACGGAGGCAGUGAGGAAUCUCAGGAAGAGGCAGAGCAAGUCAGCCACCAGAACCACCUCCACUUUCUCUCUGAGGUAGCUUAUUUAAUGGAGCCAUUGUGCAUUAGCAGCAAAGAAUCAAGUGAAGGCUGCUGCCCUUCAUCUGAUACCAGACAAAAGGAAAGGGAAAUUGAAGCUACUGAAGGAGAAGAGCAACCCUGCAGAGAGCCUGAAGAGCUUUCAGCUAAGGUAGAACCAUUGGUAGCUGAGAAGUCACUGGGAGAAAAUGGAAGGCCAGAGGUGGCUUCAGCUCUCUCAGAUAUUUGUGCAGCUCAGGGACUACCCACAGAUAGUGAAGAGGGAGAGGUUCAGCAAGAAUCCAAAGAGGAGGACCAGGGUGAAGGGUAUGUGUCAGAGAUGGAAGACCAGCCCUCCUCAGGUGAGUGUGAUGAUGGCUCUAGCAUUCAGGAGGCUCCUCUGGUGGAUAUCCUUUUCAACCAUGCUACUUCCUCAAAGCUGUCUGAUCUAAGCCAAAGUGACCCUGUUCAGGAUCACUUACUAUUUAAGAAGACUCUCCUGCCAGUAUGGAAGAUGAUUGCUAGUCACAGGUUCAGCAGUCCAUUUCUGAAGCCUGUGUCAGAAAGGCAGGCACCAGGAUACAAGGAUGUGGUGAAAAGGCCCAUGGACUUAACUACCCUGAAAAGGAAUCUGUCUAAGGGACGGAUUCGUACCAUGGCACAGUUCCAGCGGGACCUGAUGCUGAUGUUCCAAAAUGCUGUGAUGUACAAUGACUCUGAUCAUCAUGUGUACCAUAUGGCUGUGGAGAUGCAGCGGGAAGUCCUGGAGCAGAUUCAGGUGCUGAGUAUUUGGUUAGACAAAAGAAGAAACUUAAAUAGUCUGGAAUGAGAACCAACCAACCAACCCAGUGCAUGAUGGAAAACCUGUUUUGUUAACCUGGAGCUGCUCCCUGACCUUUUCUGGAAUUUGGACCUCUUAUUGAGACUCUAACCCAGUACUUGUUUACCACUUCUCUUAUCUUUUUUAAUAAGAAUAAUACCUUAGCUCACAGCCAAGGAGUUAAAGAUGCCUGUGGACUUAAUAUAAAGAAAAAGGGGAAAAGUGAGAUUUGGGAUAAUGCCAUAAAUGUUGCCCAUAUCUUUGUUCCAUAGACUUAAUUUAAAGG